CGGUCGAGUGUGCGUGCAGUGGAAAGGUAAGAUGGCGACGGACGGAGAUGUGGUGAUCCCCGAUCAAGAAAAAGUGCGAAUAGUUUCGGAUUUUAUACUACACUCACCCCCGGGUGAGUUUAACGAAGUUUUUAACGAUGUGAGGGUUCUACUGAACAACGACAACCUCUUGAAAGAAGGCGCGUCCGGGGCAUUUGCUCAAUACAACAAGGACCAGCUUACGCCUGUUAAGGUUGAGGGAACCGAAUUUCCUGUCCUCAUUACUGAGCACAAUGACUUGGGCGGUCAAAGGUUUUAUGACGCUCGAAGCAAGCAGAGUUUCAAAUAUGACCAUCUGAGAAAGGAAGCUCAGGACUAUGAGCCAUACGAACCAGACGCGGCAGCCGAACCCUGGAGAUCUGCACUUCAAGAAGAAUUAGCCACGUACACUCAAAAUCAUUAUAGGCACGGUACUUCUUCUGUAUUUGGAAAAAGUCAAGGAGGUAACGUAACGCUAACUGCCUGCAUAGAAGAUCAUCAAUUUCAACCAAAAAACUUUUGGAACGGACGUUGGCGUUCAGUAUGGUCGGUGAAUUUUAAUACCAGUUCUGGUAACGCAGAACUGAGGGGUAGCCUAAAAGUUCAAGUUCACUAUUAUGAGGAUGGAAAUGUGCAGUUGGUGAGCAGCAAAGAAGUGAAAGAGAGCCUACCAAUAACAACAGAGAAACAGACGGCAAAGGAAUUAAUCCAAUUGCUAGAGGAAGCUGAAAACGAUUAUCAAACAGCUAUUUCGGAAAAUUAUCAAACCAUGUCAGAUACAACGUUUAAAGCUCUACGGAGGCAACUUCCUGUUAUGCGAACGAAAAUUGACUGGAGCAACUUCAUGUCGUACAGUAUUGGCAAACAGCUUAAGAGCCAAUAAAGACAGAUUAUUUAUAUCUCUUAUUAAGAAAAUUAAUUAAAAAGCGCAUACUGCUGCAUUGGAGAAAGUCUGGAGGUGUGAUGUGUAUGGAUAUAAAGAUAAAGGUGUGCUAAAAAAAAAGCAAAACGUAAUAAGAAAUAAUAAACAUUUGACAGAAGCUCAUACACAUGCCCUAGUACUACGCUAGUUAUUUCUUAGACCGGGCCAUAUUCAAAGACAAGGUGUUAGAACGAAUGUGCAAAUAAUGUAUUAUUAUACAGUAUAAAAAGAAUAAAUUUAACUCUAAAAAAAAGUAAUAAUAAUUACGUCUGUGGAUACGGCCCGCUAUUUUUAUCAAACUUUAUAUUACACGAAGUAUAAAUAAAUAUCUACAAUUUUGUUAAGACACAUUGUUUUAUAAUUAUUACAUCUAUUAUAGCUAAUAUGUUGCUAGGAUCAAUUGAAGUGGAAUAAAAUAAAAUUUAAUACACAUAAACCUGAUUGGUGUAUCGGUUACUUUAUAGUUACACAGAAUUGAUUGUUGUGCCAAGUGAAAUAUUGGCAAAUAUUUUGGUGCUAUCGCUUAGCACACAUUACACAGCCAGACACAAACACGCGGAAACGAAAACUAAGAAAAUACAUAAUGCAUACAUUGUACAUUGUAGAACGUAGUCUAUAGCCUGCUGGAGCCUUAAUCUGUUCACAUUUUUGGUUGAGACGGUAUUGUGUACAUAAGUUAUUGAAUUCGGGUCGAUGAAUGUGGUGAAAAUGACGAAAAAAAUAAAUAAAGAAAAACGAAUGCAGAGAAAAAAAUAUCCCGAUAUUCGCCACUGCCCCUCAAAACACAGAUAAUAGUUGCCUACAUUGAAUCAAUAUUGAAUUUAGGAUAAUAUUUACAAUCGAGUGUAUCGUUAAAUAAGUGAAGCAUGUCCGGAUGUAAAGAAGAAAAAAGAAACAAAAAUAUAAUAAAAUGAAAUCAACACACAAGAAAUACAGUUAUAUCAAUUAAAUUAUGUAUUAGUAAAUGUUACUAUUGAGUAAAUAAAGUAAUGUGACACUUUGGAACUUUGGCUCUGUACUUAUGUAUAUUACGCAUGCAUAUAAAGCUAUACGAUUAUAUGACUCACUAUCCCAAGAUGUAUUGCUAUUUUGCUUUAUAUUGUAUGAAUUAUUUUAUUACACUAUGAUUGAUAAAUAAGUUUAAUAUUUAUAAAUGUUAUACUAAGGUCUUUGCAUUUGUAAUCACCGAAAACAAUCAUUGUUUCUGGGAUUUUAUUUUCUAAUAAAACUCAUGCAAUCUUA